AUGAGAUCCUUAUAAAGUUAAUAUCAUAUGGCAUUAUAGAUAAUAUAGAGAGAUAAAAAAAUAAUGAAAUAAAGUCUUGAAAUUAGACUUCUGCAAACAUAACAGAUAGUGUAUUUGUAAACAGAGAAGAAUCACGCUUAUUUUAGUAGUAUAUACUUAUGGUAUUUUAAGUAAUUUAUCGUUGGUUCCAUUAAGAGAUGAGAUUAAGAAAUAGUCUUAUUUUUGGAAUAUUAAAUGUGAUAUCAUGUAUAUUCAUGCACAUAUCCAUUAAGGAAUAAUGUACUAAAUUAUUACGAAAGUUUUUCUUUCAUGACAGAAUUUUUGAUAGGGAAUUAGUUACUCAUUAAUAUAAUGAAGAAUAUAGAGAAGGAGCAAAAAGUAUAUUUUCAAAAAACUAUGUACAUCUGUUGUGAU